AUGGCCAGCGCUGAAGAAAUAGCCUCGCAGAUUCAAAACACCAAGUCUCUCGCUGUCUCUCUGUCAUGGCUCAAUGCGUUCCUCUCCUCGCAACGCAAUAUCCCAGCUUCCGCACUCUCGAAAACCGCCUUGUUCCGCAUUCUGGCCUCGGAUUUCCGUGAAUCACUUUCGACUAGCCCUCUAUCAGUAUUUCCAAUCGAUGUUUACGAUCCAAAUGUCCAAGAAAGACGCCUCAAAGGUCCCAUAUCGGUCCAAGUGCUUGAUUUCGAAGACAUUGGUGCGAGUUUAUGGAGCCAGGUUGAAGGAAUAGAGCGCGUUGAACGAGGGGAGGCCAUCCGAGGUCGUGAGAUCGUGCGCACUGUAUCGGUCGGCGAUGAUAAUGAGGCAUCUGAGAACGGCCAGACAGGCAACAACGGUGUUGGCGCCCCCAAUGCGUCCGGGAGCAAUGGAUACGGUCCUCAUCGGCUGAUCCUUCAAGAUGCAGCGGGGACGAAAGCUGUUGCUAUUGAGAUGCGGCGUAUAGAAGGUAUAUCAGUGGAAAAACUUUCUAUUGGCGCAAAGUUUGUGCUUCAAAAUGUUACUGUCGCGCGUGGCAUGGUGCUGCUGAACCCAGACACUGCUACACUGCUUGGUGGAAAGAUCGAAGUACUGGAUCGGCCUUGGAGGGAAGGAAGAAAAGCCAAAUUGUUGAGACAAAUCGCUGCAGCGGAGGGAGAAUAG